AAAGGCUAGUGAGUUUCAUUUCAUAUCUAGUCUAGUCCACUACUACUUCGCGGUGUAAUAUAAAAGCGUGCGAGCGACUCAGACAGAGACAGUAUAGUGAUUAGUGAAUGUGAUUGAUCGAAGAAGAAGAAGAAGGAAGAAAAAAUGGAGGUGGAGUUAGAGCCUCGCGUGAAGCCACUUCAAUUCAAGGUCAAAGCCAUGUCCAGAGAAUCUCCGUCGCAGAAAGCUCUCAACGUUCUCGACUCCGACCUCCGUUCUCACUGGUCCACCGCCACCAACACCAAAGAAUGGAUUCUACUCGAACUCAAUGAGCCUUGUUUGUUGUCGCAUAUACGGAUUUAUAACAAGUCGGUGCUUGAGUGGGAAAUUGCAGUGGGCUUACGGUACAAGCCAGAGACAUUUCAAAAAGUUCGCCCACGUUGUGAAGCACCCAGACGUGACAUGACCUAUCCUACAAAUUACACUCCAUGUCAAUAUGUGAGAAUAUCUUGUUUGCGUGGAAAUCCCAUUGCUAUUUUCUUUGUUCAGCUAAUAGGAGUUUCUGUGGCUGGGCUGGAAGCUGAAUUUCAACCAGUUGUUAAUUACUUGCUACCACACAUUCUAUCUCAUAAGCAGGAUCCACAUGAUACACAUCUCCAGUUGCUGCAAGACAUGACAAAUCGGUUGCUAGUAUUUCUUUCACAACUUGAGACAGACCUUGCAAGCUUUCCAGAUAAUCCUGAAUCUAACCUACGGUUUCUUGCCAUGCUAGCGGGUCCUUUUUAUCCUAUUCUUCAUGUGGCAAAUGAAAGGACUACUUCAAAGCAUCCGGGCAAUAUUACUGACCCUGAAGUCUACAGAAGUAGUCAACUGUCACCGGCCCUAACUGUUUCCUCUAACUUUGAGCCAAGGAGAUCACGUAGUGCUCCGUCUUUCAAUUUGUCUGCAUAUCGUUCCAUGGUUUUCCGUCCAGAUACAAUUUUUAUGCUGCUGAGAAAGGCUUACAAAGAUUCUGAUCUGGGCUCUGUUUGUAGGAUGUCAUCUAGAAUCAUUCUGAAACUCAUUGAUCCCGGUCCUGAGCAAGUAUCAUACCCUCAAAAUGAAGUUAUUACCCCGUUGGAGGAGAAAUCAAAAUUGGAACUUACUAGUCCUUGUACCUCAGUUGAUUACUCAAGCCUGUUUGGUGAAGAGUUCAAAAUGCCAGAUGAGCAAUGGGAUUGUAGCUAUCUUAAUGUACUAGAUUUUGGGGCAGUGGAAGAAGGGAUCUUACACGUUCUUUAUUCUUGCGCAGCUCAGCCUGUUCUUUGCAGCAAGAUGGCCGAGAGAGUUUUGGAAUUUUGGGCUGUGCUGCCGCUUGUACAAGCUCUGCUGCCAGCUUUACGCCCAUUGUUGAGCAAUUCUUUUGAUGCUGUGGAUGACUCUUUUUCUCAGUGGAAUCAGCCUAUUGUACAACAGGCUUUAUCUCAGAUUGUUGCUACCGCAACAUCAUCUACCUAUCGCUCCCUUCUUCACGCUUGUGCUGGUUAUCUAUCUUCGUAUUCACCAUCUCACGCUAGGGCUGCUUGUGUGCUAAUUGAUCUAUGCUCUGGUGUACUAGCACCAUGGGUUACUCAAGUGAUUGCAAAGGUUGAUCUGGCUCUGGAGCUUUUAGAGGAUCUUUUAGGCAUAAUCCAGGAUGCUCACAAUUCACUCAUUCGUGCUCGUGCUGCCUUGAAGUAUAUUGUGCUAGCUCUUUCUGGGCAUGUUGAUGACAUAUUGGGAAAAUUUAAGGAAGUUAAACACAGAAUCCUCUUUCUUGUGGAGAUGCUGGAGCCUUUUCUUGAUCCUGCUAUUGCUGUAUCAAAAAGCAAAAUAGCUUUUGGAGAUCUAUCUUCUUCAUUUCCAGAAAAGCAAGAGCAUAAUUGUAUGAUUGCUCUAAAUAUCAUCCGUGCUGCAGUACACAAGCCAGCUGUUCUGCCUUCUUUGGAAUCAGAAUGGAGACAUGGGUCUGUGGCUCCUAGUGUGCUUCUCUCGAUACUGGAACCCCACAUGUUACUGCCGCCUGAUGUUGACCUCUGCAAAUCUGUUUUGAGACCAAAUGAGCAUGAAACAGCAUCUGUUUCACCUCUUUCCUCUGGAGUUAAUGGUGGAGGUGCUUUUUCCAAGUUCAAUAGUCAAGAUGAGUCUGAUGGGAAAACGGAGGUACCAGAAACAGCGGGAAGAUCUGAUUUUGUUGAAGACCGUAAUUUGCUUUUUGCUCCGCCAGAAUUGCAGGGUAUUUCAUUGAGAAACAAUUCUGAUGUUCCUAACCAUAAUAGCUCUGUUUCUCACACAUUGGAAUUCAAACAUGUGGUUGAUAAACAUUCCACCCAUCGUUUUCUUUCUAAUGUUGUCAUGGAUUCUGGCCUUGGUUUUGAAUACUUCAACCUGCAGGCAGACUAUUUUCAACUUUUAAACUAUCAUGAUUGUGAUCUUCGUGCUUCUGAGUUUAGACGCUUGGCUUUGGAUUUGCAUUCUCAGAAUGACAUCACUCUGGAAACCCAUGAUGCUGCAAUUGAUGCUUUUCUGUUGGCGGCAGAAUGCCAUGUAAACCCUUAUUUCAUGUUGUCUAUCGGAGCUUCUUCAAAACUUACAGACCUUUUAAACAUAAAGGAAGGUAAAACUAUCCAUUCUCAUGCUAUUGUGGAUGCAAAAGGGACAUUUGGAAAAAAUAAACCUAACUUAGAAACAAUAGCACAUAUAGAGAGAAAAAGAGAUAAACUUGUUUUCCAAAUUUUGCUUGAGGCUGCAGAAUUGGAUAAGAAGUAUCAUUUAAGAGUAUCUGAUGGUGAAGGUGGUCCUUAUUGCGCUGAAGGUUUUGGUGAAAAGGUUAUCAAAAUAUCUUCUCCUGAUGAGCAACAUGCAGAUGCUUUAACCUUAGUUCGACAAAACCAAGCUCUAAUCUGUAAUUUUUUGAUCCAACGGUUACAGAGAGACCAAAUUUCAAUGCAUGAAAUUCUCCUACAAAGCCUUGUGUAUUAUUUGCACACUGGCACUAAACUAUUUUGCCCUCCAGAAAGUGUGAUUGAUAUCAUUUUAAAAUAUGCAGAAGACUUGAACAAGAUGCUGACAUCUUUUCAUCAUGAGCCGAAAGAAGGUAAUUUGCAUUUGGUACAAGAAAGAACACAUAGGGUAGAGCGACGUUGGUUACUGUUACAACAAUUGGUUAUUGCUUCAAGCAAUGGAGGUGAAGAGGAAAUUUUUGGAAAUAGCAUCCGAAAUAGUUACCUCUGUGGAAAUUUAAUCCCCCCUUCAGCAUGGAUGCAGAGAAUUUCUCAUUUUUCUUGUUCUGUGUACCCUUUGGUUCGAUUUCUGGGGUGGAUGGCUGUAUCUCGUAAUGCCAAACAAUAUAUGAAAGACCAAAUUUUCCUUGCAUCUGAUUUGUCUCAGCUGACAUAUUUACUUUCCAUUUUUGCUGAUGAUCUUGCUGUUGUUGAUAAUGUGAUCAAUAAAAAGUAUGAAGAGGUUAAAAUUGAUGAUUCACGGGGUGAACAUAGUUCCUCAACCAAGAAAGAAUCUGAGCUAGGCAACCAAAAUCAUGCAGAACAAUCUUUUUCUGCAGUCUACCCUGAACUCUGGAAGUUCUUUCCAAAUUUGAAAGGGAAAUUUGAAUCUUUUGGAGAAGCCAUUUUAGAGGCUGUUGGUUUGCAGCUGAGAUCUGUAUCUUCCGCUCUUGUGCCUGAUGUUUUGUGUUGGCUUUCUGAGCUGUGUUCGUGGCCAUUUUCUUUCACUUCUUCAAGUAGUAGUGAUAAUUUGAAAGGUUAUAAUGCGAAGAAUGCCAGAACAAUAAUCCUUUAUAUACUUGAAGCUAUUAUAGUUGAGCACAUGGAGGCCAUGGUUCCUGAGACACCUAAACUAGUGCAUGUGCUUGUGUCACUUUCAAGUUCUUCUUACUGUGAUGUACCAUUCCUUGAUUCUGUGUUGCAUUUGUUGAAGCCAAUUGUUUCUUAUUCUUUGUCCAAGGUCUCUCAUGAUGAAAAGUUAUUGGAAGGUGAUUCCUGUCUGAACUUCGAGGAAUUAUGCUUUAAUGUUCUUUUCAGUAAAAUUAAACAGAAGAAUGAUACUGAACGUAAUCCUGAAGAUAAAGAAUACAAUGUAGCGCUUGGUAUUUUUAUUUUGGCUUCAAUUUUCCCUGACUUAUCUAUUCAAUUUAGAAGGGACUUUCUCAAGUCUUUAUUAAGUUUGGUGAAUUUUGUUGAUUCAGAGCGAACAACUUCUCUUUAUGAUUAUCUCAGUGCAUUUCAAUGUGUUAUGGAUAAUUGCAAAUUACUAUUAGUGAAUGCAUUAACAGAAUUUGGUGUUAUUCCUCUUCAGUUGCCCCCUUUUCCUCGUGUGAAUGUUGGUGGGCUUUCUGAUGAUGACUUACCAAAUCCAUGGUUUCUUAGUGAUAUCUGUCACCUUUCAUUUGAGAAUGAUGUCCAUAAUGUAGAACAUAACAACAACAAUUCUGAUGUUGCCGAUGAUGAUCAUUGUCGUUUACCUUCUGAAGAUUUGGAAGGUUUUUCUAAAGACAUAGAGGUUCUUAUAUCUGAGCUUACUCCAGCUAUUGAGCGCUGCUGGAAUCUUCAUCAUCAGAUAAGUAGAAAACUGACAAUAUCUUCAGCAGAGUGUUUUGUCUUCUCAAAAUGUUUGACGUCAGUUUCUUCAAAAUUUCAUAAAUGUGAAGAUGAUGAUCAAGAUUCUUCACUGGCCAAAUUAUCUGAUCCCUUCUCUCUUCAUUGGAGAAUUGGUGUUCAAGGCCUCUCUGAAUUGAUCACCGUCCUCCAAGAAAGCAGUUGCUGGGAAGUUUCUUGUUUGAUUCUUGAUUGUCUAGUUGGAAUACCCUAUAGCUUUUCCCUGGAUAAUGUGGUAGGUAUUAUAUGUUCUGCCAUAAAGAAAGUUGCUUGCAAUGCACCUAAAAUCUCGUGGCGUUUGCGGAGUGAUAAAUGGCUGUCUUAUUUGAUUGCCAGAGGCAUCUAUAACAGUCGAGAAAGUGAAGUUCCUCUCACAGAUCUGUUUUGUACAUUCCUGGGACAUGCAGAACCUGAACAGCGUAUUAUAGCAGUUAAACAUUUGGGAAGACUUCUUGGCCAGUGUAUCAAUGGUGAUAGAUCACUGAUAAAUUCUAGAAUUUGCACCGACUUAGUUCCAAAUAAGUUAGUUUUAUCUGUUCCCGAUUAUGUUCUAUCUCAGUUAGUUUCAAAUACUUGGGACGAGGUUGUUGUGCUGGCAUCAUCUGAUACAUCAUUACAAAUAAGGGUUCAUGCAAUGGCUCUUCUUUCAAAUUAUAUACCAUUUGCUGAGCGCCAUCACAUACAAUCUUUUCUUGUGGCAGCUGACAGCAUUUGCUGUUUGCGUAAUGCACAACCAUCACAUGAUGGUUCUAUCCUUCAACUUUCAUUAGCGCUUAUUGCUUAUGCCUGUCUUUGUUCACCACCUGAAGAUAUUUCUCUGAUUCCUCAAAAUGUAUGGGGAAGUGUUGAAACUUUAGCGUCUACAAAAUAUGAUGGCAAGCUUGGAGACCUCGAAAAGAGGACUUGUCAAGUUCUAUGUAGAUUGAGAGAUGGAGAUGAGACCAAAGAGGCCCUGAAAGAAGUACUUUCGUCAAAUUCUUCAAAGCAGUAUGACCCAGAUUUUGCUAGCACGCGUGAAUCUGUGCUCCAGGUCCUUGGCAACUUAACAGCGGUUCACUCAUACUUUGAUGUAUUCUCAACAAAAAUUAACCAAGAUGAUAUGGACCUAGAGGAGGCUGAGUUGGAACUAGACAUUGUACAGAAGGAACGUGCAAUUCCAGGACGAAAGGAGGAUUCUAAAAAUUGGAAUCAAAUUCCAAGUCUACCCUCCAGCGGAAAGGAUGUUUCAAGGCUUCAGCAAAUCAGAGAGUGCAUUCGUACCCUCGAAAAGUCAAAACUUAAAGAAGAUAUCCUAGCUCGUAGGCAAAAGAAACUACUUAUGAGACACGACCGUCAAAAGUAUUUGGAAGAAGCAGCUUUACGGGAAGCAGAGAUUCUGCAAGAACUGGAUAGAGAGAAAGCAGCUGAAAUGGAGAAAGAGAUGGAAAGACAAAAGUUAUUAGAAAUAGAGCGUGCUAAAACAAGGGAACUGCGUCACAAUCUUGAUAUGGAGAAGGAGAGACAAACACAGAGGGACCUUCAGCGUGAAAUAGAGCAAGCAGAAUCAGGAAUUCGGCCAUCUCGGCGUGACUUUUCUUCCUCCACUCACAAUAGUCGACCUAGGGAUAGAUUUCGGGAAAGAGAUAAUGGAAGAUCUGGUCAUGAAGGGAGCAAUAGAGUUGGCCCUGGAAGCUUACAGCCUGAAAUUCCUUCCACCAAUUCAUCAAUGGUAUCCUCACCAACUAUAGUUCUUUCUGGCUCACGGACUUUUUCAGGCCAGAUGCCAACCAUCUUACAGUCGCGUGACCGACAGGAUGACACUGGCAGCAUAAAUGAAGAAAAUGUUGAUGGAAGCAGGGAUUCGGGGGAUACUGGCAGCAUUGGAGAUCCAGAAUUGGUAUCAGCAUUUGAGGGCCAAUCUGGUGGGUAUGGGUCACAAAGACAUAGUUCAAGGGGAAAUAAGUCAAGGCAACUUGGUGAACGUAGAGAAAGAGAGAACAGGCGGGAAGGGAAGUGGGAAAGGAAACAUUGAUAGCUUGUGAGUAGGGAUCUUAUGCACUUUGAUUAGGUCGUCUUCAUUUGUAUAUAUACAUAUACAGGCACCGAGAACUGUAGCUGUAUUGUCCGAGCAAAACAAAAAACCUUUGGUUAGGAAUGUACUCGAGCUUGGAAAAUUAUAUGCAGAACCAACCAUGGAGAUUGGAGAACUUCUCUUUGGGUCUGCUACUUGUUGAACAGUGUUGUUGUAGAUUCUUAUAGAUGGCUACACUAUAUGCUAGUGAACUGUAUCACUAAUUUAUGUACAAUAUUGUUGAUGGUAGUCCAAUAUAGAUGUUUCACAUGGCUGCAUACAGGGGUGACACAGCAGCCCUUCAGCUAUAAUAACUUAAAUGAUUUUGUUCUUUGAUUCAUUGAUCCCUUAAAUUUGUAAUAAUUUGAAAUUUGAUCUCGAGACAGCUUGUUUGGUGGACAUAUGAUAAGUUAUCAUUUCUAUUAUAA